AGGAUUCGAAUCGAACGUCCGUCCGGGAGCCGGCAGCCGGCCGGGCGGCACGCUGGCCAAUCAGCGGCCGCGACUCGCGGCCUCCGAACGUUGAGACACCCGAGGCCCCGCCCCGCGCUGUUGUUUGUGGUGUCGGCCGCGGCCGCGGGCGCCGGACCACAACAUUCGCCGGGCGGCGGCGGUGCAGCGAGCGCGAGCCCAGCGCGGCCUCCCUGGGCCGCCGCGGCCGGAGCCAUGUCGGUGAACAUGGACGAGCUGCGGCACCAGGUCAUGAUCAACCAGUUCGUGCUGACCGCGGGCUGCGCGGCCGACCAGGCGAAGCAGCUGCUGCAGGCUGCGCACUGGCAGUUCGAGACCGCCUUGAGCACGUUUUUCCAAGAAAGCAACAUUCCCAACAGCCACCACCACCCCCAGAUGAUGUGUACUCCCAGCAACACCCCUGCCACACCACCGAACUUCCCUGACGCCUUGGCCAUGUUCUCGAAGCUUCGCACCUCCGAGGGCCUGCAGAGUAGCAACAGCCCCAUGACUGCUGCCGUGGCCUGCUCACCCCCUGCAAACUUCAGCCCCUUCUGGGCCUCAUCCCCACCCAAUCACCAGGCGCCCUGGAUCCCGCCCUCUUCCCCCACCUCCUUCCACCAUCUCCAUUGCCCACAGCCCACGUGGCCCCCCGGAGCAUCACAGGGAGGCACCCAGCAGAAAGCCAUGGCAGCGAUGGAUGGCCAGAGAUGAGACUGGAUGCUGCCGGGCACUGGGCUGGAACAGGGGGGCAGUCCAGGGUUGUGGGAACACAGGAGGGCUGGGGAGGGGGGAACUCAAGAGGGUUGGAGGGGUUUCCUGAAGAUCGCACUGGAAGAUUUUAUAAAAGAAUUUUUGUGGGUGGGGGGACAGUAAACGUCCUGGGCCACUUGGGAUCCUCAGGAAUUCCUCUUUGGGCAAGUUCCCCCCCCCUCUUUUUAAUAUAUAAUAUAUAUGAAUAUAAAUUUAGCUAAUGUAUGUGAGGAUGGGGCUUGCACACCUGGGGUGUUGGGGUCAAAGGAAACUGGUCAACAGACUCCUUCCCUGGUCAGUACCCCGUCCUCUACUCAGUCUAGGGGAGUGAACAAACGGUGCGUCACUGGGGAAAGAGGGCUUGUAGCCAGGUGGCCAUACUGCCUCCUUUAGAGGGGACACCGGCCAUCAGGAAGCCUCUCCAUGCUCUCAGGAGAUGGUGGGGGGAGGGGGUCCCAGAGGAGUUGGAAUCAUGGGCCUACCACCCAUUGCUGCAGGAUCCCACCCCUGCUCCCGGUGGCUCUGUAGCUGUUGUCAUCCUGUCCCCAACUGGGUGUGCAGGCUCGUAAGACUAAAGAGCUGGCUUGGGUCAAAGGCCACCCUCCGAUGAGUGGGGACUUGACUGUCCCAUCCCUUGAUGUCCCACAGGCACCUAGCCUCUCCCUGCUGUGUGUGUCCAGGUCAGAGGACGACAGCUUGGGAGAACCUGCUUUUGGAUUGAAUUCCUGAAUUCAAAUCACAUCUCACCAGGGUGAAAUUUUAACUUAAAAAUUUAAAAACGAGACUUUUCUAACUU